CAGUGAGUUAAAAAGACACAGGUUGGGAGGAGUCCUUAUGUCCCAGAAAAACAGGCCACUCCCUCAAAAAAUCUGAAAUUGGCACUGCAAAGUCAAGGAGCUUUUUCCAAAUGUUUGGGGGCACGUGCCCCUGGUGCCUUCAACUUCCCUGAGUGUCACACCCUCCCCCCUUGCAGUUUUGACCCUGAAAAUGUGUCCCGAUAUCAGAUUGGAGCAUGUCGUUUGGUAAUAUAGCCCACAAGCCUAAUUAAAACCCUAGGACAGUGGUUGCUUUCUUAAAGCCUGAUGGAGUUUAGGGGUUGAAACUUUGCAGUGUGUACAUACAAAUACAGAUCUGCACUUGAUAGCUAUCGAUGUAAAACAGUUCUAGUAUCGUUUACCCUUUUUUCUGCCUCUUCCUCGACCUGCUUGUAAAAAUUCAGAUUCCCCUUUGCAUUCGAUUGCCAAAAUCACCAUGCAAAGACUUUGCAAGAAUGAACAGGAGCGAAACUGACCGGAGAGUUGUUGUUUUCGGGGCUUGUUGCAGGAAACCUCGUCCUCCUCUUUUUACAGUUGGCUAGAAUAAUCGUUACUUUGUAAGCAAAAUAACCUGAAGAUAGACAACAUAGUGACCAUAUAGUCUUCAAAAUGUCUUUAUAUUCAGAGGAUACUUUUCAUUCAGCCACCGCCAAGCCCCUUUCACUGCUGCCAUCCAUUAAAAGGCUCCCACUCCCCUCAAAGGCUCCCAUCCCUUCCACUGCUCCCACUCCCUUCAAAGGCUCCCACCCCCUUCAAAGGCUCCCAUCCCUUCCACUGCUCCCACCCUCUUCCACUGCCCUCACCCUCUUCUACUGCUAGCAGCAAGUAUGAACCAGCAAGAAAUGUUACAGGCUAGCCAAAUGAAAAACAAACACAAUUUUGAUCUUUGAGCUUUGCUUUCUAUUAAACUAGCUCUCCAAUUGGUGAAAAGCAAGACAGAUUUAAUAAAUCAAAGUAGCCCCACUUUCCCGCUUCUUGUCUGUGGGCAAAUCUAAUUCUGCAGAAUGGGCUGAGCUUAAAUGUUAAGAAAUUGUUAUAGUGGCUAUAAACGCCACGCGUUGGUUCCUGGGUGUAUUGUAAACGAUGGUAAAGUGAGUGAUUCUCUUAUCCAGGAUGUGUGGUGGUAUUAACGCGUUAAGUUGCUGGCAUCCUUUAAAUAACUGAUGAAUAUCUACGGCACGUGCCAGGUACCCUAGAGUCUUUUAUUGACACGUUCAGGAUAACUAAGUGGUGCCAUUAACUAAAGUUUAUUGUUCCGGGCCAAUAGGUUAUUGGAAUUCGCCGUAUCUUCGUUCCUGUUAUAGAAAUCUCUUACAAAACUGUUUACAUAGCAUCACUGAAGGUAUUGAAAAUUCGUCUGCAUGCAUUGCUGCCUCGUGGUGGGGGUGACAAAAUAAACAACACUUCAUGUACGACAAAAAUAACCUGAGUCAUGUUUUUUCUAUCUUUGGAAUGAUCUUGCUUGUUGUUUCAACUACUUUCUUUCAAAUACUUGGAAAUACACUCUAAAAGUCUGCUUCAUUGUGGCACUAUUCUUGCUUUUAAGAUCAGACUUUGCAAAAAUAAAUUUUUGAAUCCAAAAUUUGGAUAAAAUUCUGCGGGUUGGAGUUACAAGAGUAACAAAUAAUCUAUCGUUUGCGCAUGUUUUUUACUGAAAUACCAUGGGCCCCGUUACCCCGAGCCCCCAUCACCCUGGGGGAGCUAAGGAGGCCAUGUUAUUGAUUUUCCAACAUUAAGGAAUUGCAUCGUAUUAAACUUUUGUUCAUAUUUGUUCAUAGUUAUUCUAAUAUUAGAAAAUGCUUAUUGACACUCAAAUUGAGUUGAAGACUCAAUUGUUGAUUUUUCAUUGCGUUUAAAGGGUGUUGCUUUACAAGGCGCUGUAGUUUCAGACUCAAUUUUUGGCUAAGGAGGCCACUUUUUCUAUUUGUUUUUUCAUGAGGUCUUUGUCAUGCCUAAUUUAAAGUCGGUCAUGGGUCAGUGUAUCUUGAUUUAAACAAAUUCAGUACAAUUCUUUUUACCUUGAUUAAGGUUUGGCGCCAAAGUAUUAUAGUUCCGCACGAAUCUUACCAAAACUACGAAAAAAUCUUGUCUUGGAGUUAAUUUUCCGAAGUUUAUAGCUUGCAAACGAUUUAUCUGAUACGUAUAUAAUUGCUAGUGGGGGAUUUGUCUCCAUUGAAGGUUUUGCUAUGGUGAGGAUUUGUCUCCAAGGUUGAGGUACUUAGAAUAUUUGAAAUUACGAUUACCCUAAAGUGUUUUUCGGGACCCCAUGGCCGUGUUACCCAAUCCGAAAUAGGACUGUUUUUGUUACCCUUGCAGUUUUUGAGACACCUAGCAUAUGUACCAAUGUGAUGUUUUGUACAUAUCCAGGGCUGUGCAACUGGCCAUAAGCUACGUUCCACAAAAGGCUAACGGCUAUCCGAAAGCUUAUAGAAUCCAUUGAAAUGGUCGAGUGAACAGUCUAUCGGGGUAUAGAAUUUCAUACAAAGCAUGCUUACAAUAGAUUAUAAGACCGAGCACGCGCAGGCACGUACUGAAUAACCACUUCUUAUUCAAGUCUUUUGUCAUGGUAAUUGAUAAGUACACCUCAGAUAUGAUAAGUUUCUAAACCGAAUUGGCGAAUGCUUAAGAACUUUCCGCCUGACGAAGUCAACCAAUCAAAUGGCUUGAAUUGCAAUCCCCAUAGAGCGUGCAAAGUGUCAAUUAUAUUCUCGCACGCGUCAGUGUUUGCCGUAUUGCGCUUCUCACAAUCUGACGCAAAGGAGCAACGGUUUCAAAGACAAGCAACCGCUGUUUAAAAUCACCGAAGGAAAAAUGGAUCCAAUCGAAGAUUUAAACUUGGAACUUCAACUGCCAGAAUUCGCAGACUGGGCAGAUUUUGAUGGCAUUUUAGAUUUUGGUUCAGAUGGAACCUCUCCAUUAUCCUCUCCAAGUCACUAUUCCACGGGAUCGUCUUGUAGUUCCCCUUUUAGUGCUGGAAGCUCGGAGAGCCCGCUGCACUCGCCAGACCCCAGUGUAACUGACCAGCAGUUUUAUACCAAUGCAUCAAUACAAGGCGAAAGGGAGCAGUCUUCUAAAGUUGAUACGAAAAGGCGUGCAGCCAGGAGCAGACGAUCUAGAAAGGCUUCUCAACGAAGUGGCGAGACGAAGCAUAAGAGAAACGAGAGAGAAAGGCGACGGGUGAAGAAACUUAGUGAUGCGUUCAUAAGUUUAAGAGACAGUGUGCCAUACUGUGUUGGCGAUAAAAAACUAUCGAAGUUAGAAACGCUCAAGUAUGCCCUAUACUACAUGUACACAUUGUCACGAGUGCUUUAUGAAGAUGAUGUGAGGAAGAGAGCUAGCAAAACUGAGCAAUGGUUGGCGGUACAGCAAGAGGAGCUCAGAAAAAACCAGGUGAACAUAAGACAACCCAAUGUCAUUGUCGACCAGACCUAUUCAACACCAAUCAUUUUAGUGCCUGCGCAAAAUGCUGGAAUGCAGAAUGGCUGGCUGAGCUUUGUCAAUGCAGUUGCGGUGCCUAUUGCGGCCACAACAUAAGCAAAUCAGAAUGGUGCUACAGAACCUCGGAACCGAGGUUUUACCUGUCCAGUUGGUACACACAGUGUUGUCAUUGGAAAUUUACAUGGUCACUCUCCGUCGGAGCUGUACAGUAGAAGAAUUCAGGGACUCUAAAUCGGGUUGCGUAGCUCGUUGUUCGUCCUAAUAUCAGUAAGCAAUUUUCGUUACAUUGUGUAACGAUUAGAAUAUAAAGGUCGAUAGCUAGCAAGUAUUGGGUUAUUAGUUUAACCUUAGAUUGGCCUAACACAGACCAUCGAUUUAACAGUGUCUAAAUAGAUGUAUAAAUUUCUUGCUUUUUGCUAUUUUCAUUAGUGUAAGUAGAAUGAAUAAUUUUUAGUUCUGGGUCCGUCGCCACGCAAUGUUUCUGUAAUUUUCAAACAAGCAUUUUCAUGAUGUAAAUUCAUCGAUACUACUCCAACGCACAUUGCAUGAAAGAUUAUAAAAGACCUUAUUCAGCUAUCCUUUGGCUGCAAUCUCAUUUAUGUUCAAAUGCGAAAGAUGUUCUUGGUGUUUCUAAACUUAGGGACAUUUAGGCCAGCAGGCUUAGUUUUCCUCCUUAGGGUACCGUUCCACCUUCAUGUUUCUCAGGUCGUGCCUUGUGUCGUUCGUCAAUACAUACCUACGCAAUUUCAGACCCAUUUUAUGGCUUGUAGCGGCAUGUACCAGUUAAUGAGACAGUAUGUGCCAAGUGCUUUUGGCACGGAAAGCCACCUUUUAUGUUACUUUGUUGCUGCUCUCUUAAUUUAGCUCAUUAAGCAUCCAAUCGCGUGUACCUAAUAGAUUUCCUAUAGUUGUGUAAACAUUAAAACACUUUUGGCAAGUGGGCAACGCAAUUAGUGCUAAUUUGAUAUUCAACCUGAAGAAUUCACCUCUCUAACGUUCCAAACGUUUGUGGAUUUUGGUAAACUGCAUUCUGUUUUGCAAAUGUUUUGAGUCUCGUUCCAGAUCCUUUCAAGUGUUAAAUGACGUAGUUUUCCCUAUUCCCUCGACUCUUCUCCCAGUAUUUGGAUGUUGUCACAGAAAGUCACCAAUUACUCUACUUCCUCAUCCCUUUGUCCUACUUGAAAAUGCUUGUUUUGAAAAAGGAUGAAAUCGGAGUAGCAAUAACGCAUGGAUUUUUGUAUAGUUAUAACAAGCUUGCGCGGCGAAAUGUUUUAUAUUAUGUUAAAUGAUGUACAUAAAAGAUCUAUUUUUGUAUUUCGUAAAUAUUUAGUCUGAUUUUGAUCAGAAUCCCAAUGAUGUAACUCUGAUUUUUAGCUUUUUGUACUUGGUAGUCAAUAUGACCAUUUUUGCAUAGUUUUUAUAAGUAGCUUUUGCUAGUUUUAUUAUAUGUGCAGUCGGCAAUUGAUAUGUACGCAGAAAGUCAUAACUUUAAGUUUCACGAAGCAAGUAUUUCCAUUGCAGAUGAAAAUGUCUGAAAAAAGGACACGGAACAAAAUUUAAAGCGCAUUGCGAUCUUUAUCCGGCAAGCUGUAUGAAAACAUGAUACGAGUUUUUUCAAAGAAUUUGCCUUUGCAGAUUUAUUCUUUAAACUCUUUUUUUAUUAGUUUUAUACAAUGCAUCUUGAAUUCUACGCAAUUGAACAGGUUUUCAUUGCUAGCAAAGAUGCUUUGUAUAAGUAAGAAAGCGCCUCAGUUCACUUUUAGGCCGCCCCUGGUGACGACUUUCUUCGUAUGUAAGCUCAGUAGAAUUAUGUUGUGAUUCGUUUUUUGUACGUCUCUUUAAAAGAACCACCUUGAUUAUCAAGAUGCACCUUAGAAUGGAA